UACACUGUGACGCAUUUGGCAGUCAGUGUUCUUCAGCAGAUCGACACACGGAUUUCUAACCAUUGUUUUUUGUUUUCGUUUUCUAUUCAAGUCGUUUUUUUGUUUUUAUUUUUUUACCUUUGCUCCUUUACCUUGAAGACUUGUUUCAACAAUAUGUUGGCGACAAUCGGCUUUGGAGCGCAAAUCGUCGCUUUGUUGCUUUCUUUUAAUCUUGCCAACGGAGAUCUCAGCUACUCUGUAUCGGAGGAAAUGCGAAGCGGAUCAGUAAUUGGAAACAUCGCCAAAGACUUAGGUCUGGAGGCAGGCAAACUGUCCGAUCGAAAAGUUCGCAUCGAUAACGAUGGAAGCAGGAAGAUUUACGUGGCUAUAAACCUCUCAAACGGUGAUCUGAUUGUUGCGAGUAGAAUUGACAGGGAGGGUCUAUGCGGAGACAAAGCAUCCUGCGUUUUAAAAGAGGAACUCAUGUUGGAGAAUCCACUAGAACUACAUAGAAUCAAUAUUCGCGUUCAAGACAUAAAUGACAAUUAUCCACGGUUUAAUAAGGAAUUUAUUAAGAUAGAAAUUUCGGAAUCAGCAGGAAAAGGGGCUCGUUUUCCUAUCGAGGAAGCUCAUGAUGCGGACGUGGGUCAAUAUUCAGUGCAGACAUAUAACCUGCAGAGGAAUGAUAAUUUUAUACUGGGCGUUGAAACUAAUUCGGUGGAUCUUAUUCUUAAUAAAGAGCUUGAUCGUGAAAAAAUAAAGGAAAUCGAUCUUCUCCUCACAGCUUUGGAUGGUGGUUCGCCUCCAAAAUCAGGUACCGUAAUUAUUCACGUGACUGUGUUGGAUGCAAAUGACAAUGUGCCAGUGUUCAGUCAGAGCGUCUAUGAGGCCCGUUUGCCUGAAAACUCUCCAAUAGGUGCAGUUGUAAUGAGAGUGAGCGCUGAUGAUGCAGAUGAGGGAUUAAAUGGAGAGGUAACUUAUGACUUUGGACAUAUUUCAGAAGACACAAAAUCUAAAUUUGAGAUAAAUGAAAAAACAGGUGAGAUUAGAUUGACUGCAACCGUUGAUUUUGAGUCUCUGUCCUUGUUUGAGCUGCGGGUCACAGCAAAAGAUGGACUAGGAAUAACUUCCUAUGCCAAAGUAAAAAUUUAUAUUACGGAUAUAAAUGAUAAUGCACCCGUUAUUUUAUUAAAAUCCUUGUCCAGCUCCAUCCCAGAGAACGCCCCUCCUGGUACAGAGGUGGGCAUCAUUAAUGUGCAGGACAGAGACUCUGACAAGAACGGACAGGUCCGCUGCUCCAUUCAAGGAAACGCUCCUUUUAAGUUGGUUCCUUCCAUCAAAAACUAUUAUUCUGUGGUGAGCACAGGACAGCUGGACCGUGAACUAGUGUCUGAUUACAACAUUACCAUCAGCGCCACUGAUGAGGGCUCUCCACCUCUGUCCUCGUCUAAAACUGUUCACUUAUCUGUAGCUGACAUCAACGACAACCCACCUGUGUUUGAGGAACAGUCGUACAGUGCAUAUGUGAGCGAAAACAACCAAGCUGGCUCCCCUUUAUGUUCUGUGAGCGCUCGAGACCCCGACUGGAGACAAAACGGUACAGUGAUUUAUUCUCUGUUAGCUGCUGAGGUGAACGGAGCCCCGGUGUCCUCCUAUGUCUCUGUGAACGGAGACACAGGGCUGAUCCACGCUGUCAGGUCGUUUGAUUAUGAACAGUUGAGGAGUUUUCAAGUGCAGGUGAUGGCCAGAGACAACGGUUCUCCUCCGCUGAGCAGCAACGUGAGUGUCAGUGUAUUCAUCUCAGAUGUGAACGACAACUCUCCUCAGAUUCUGUACCCCGCCCCAGAGGGCAGCUCCUUCAUGACUGAGCUGGUCCCCAAAGCUGCACAUGGAGGCUCUCUGGUGUCCAAAGUGAUCGCGGUGGACGCUGACUCUGGACAGAACGCCUGGCUGUCCUAUCAUAUAGUCAAAUCCACUGAUCCAGGACUUUUCACCAUUGGUCUGCACAGUGGAGAGAUCAGGACGCAGCGGGACAUUUCCCAAUCUGACAGCAUGAAACAGAACCUGAUUGUGGCAGUCAAAGAUAACGGACAGCCCUCUCUGUCUGCCACCUGUGCCAUGUAUUUACUGAUCUCGGAUAACUUGGCUGAGGUGCCAGAACUGAAGGAUAUUUCUUACGAUGAGAAGAACUCCAAACUGACUUCCUAUCUGAUCAUCGCUCUGGUUUGUGUGUCCACCUUCUUCCUGACCUUCAUCAUCAUCAUCUUGGGUGUGAGGUUUUGUCAAAGGAGAAAGCCCCGACUGUUGUUUGAUGGAGCAGUUGCCAUCCCCAGCGGUUAUCUGCCUCCUAAUUACGCAGAUGUUGACGGCACAGGAACUUUACGCAGCGCUUACAAUUAUGACGCGUACCUGACAACAGGAUCUAGAACCAGUGACUUUAAGUUUGUGUCCUCUUACAAUGACAACACGCUGCCUGCUGACCAGACUCUGAAGAAGAGUCCCACCGACUUUGAUGAUGUGUUUGGAGAUGAUGAUAAAUCUUCUGAGGUAUGUUACGUUGCUUUUUGUCUUUCCAAGGGAAAUUCUGUUCAUGGAGGUUUUUUCUUUGUUUGUCCUUUUUUUUUCGUAUUGCAAUUUUAUUUUGUUUUAAGAUGAAGAAUGAUGCAACAAUAGCAGUGUUUCAAAGCCUAAAUUGAAAAUUCUAAUUUGGUAUCUGUUUUGAUACAAACUUUUAAUGCAAGGCUGCAGGAUGUGAGGAAAACCUGCGAUAUUAAUGAUCAAUAUUGCGAUGAUUAUAUAACUUGCAAUACAUGAACAAAUAGCAAAACAACUAAAUACAUAAUUUCCAUUUCACUACAAAAGUUUAAUUUAAAUAAGAGUCAAAAUAACUUAACUUAUACUCCAAACAACCCUAGUCUACAUAGCAGGCGAACAUCUAACAUAAAAGGGCUUCAUCCAAUUGUUUAACAACUUGAAGGGGUCUAAAUGAUUUGUCAAAUGCAUGAAUAGAUUUAUUUGAUUUGUUAAAUUCUUCAAACUGUCAGAUUGUUUUAGCACCUUUAAGGUAACCUUUAAGGUUUAUGCAUAAUGUACAGUUUGAUAUCGCGAUAGCAAUACAGUUGCGAUUUAUUAUGCAGACUAUUUAUAUACUUUUAAUUUUUAAUGUGAGUAAUUGACAUAGCUAGUACAUCGUUAACGGAGACUUUAAUUAUUGAAAACUUAUUUGAGUAUUUUCAUGAAGGUUUAUCCAAUGUAAUCAAAUCAUCUAAUUCUAUUAAAUAUCCACUUCGUUUUUUUUUGUUCUGUAUUGUUUUUUAACAAUAAUAGUAGGAUUAUUGGAUUUUUCAAUUGGAAAGUUUAAAGGUUUUGCUAAACACCUUGGUUGAAGAAAUCUCUUUUGUUUUUUCCUAAAAUGACAGAGCUGCAGACUUUAGACUGAAGAGACCUGAAGACUGUUGAUAUUCCUGAACAAGUUUUUAGUUAGUCGAAUCUACAGGAUAAAUACUUGAAUUCAGAUUCAGUUAAAAAUUAACAGUUAAUUAUUUUCAUACUGUUCUUCAUCAGGAGUUAUCACAGGCCAAAUAAUUGUUUGUCAUCAUGUUUCAUUAUUUUAACAGUUUCCCAAAUAUCCUCUCCUUUUAAUGUCAGAGAUCCAGCUAAAAUGCUCAGAAUGGUUUUCAGAUGUAGCCUUUUCCACAGCUUUAUCCAAGAUUUCUUUAUCCAGAACACUGCAGUUUUGUUAAUGAGUGAACAGUUAAAAUUAAACUGUCUGCACGUUUACAAGUGGUUAUUACAUUUUUUCAGCUCAGUAUUGACCAUGUAAACAGAUUUCCUUUUUAAUCAGUUGUCAUUUUAUAGAACAAACUUUUCCUGCAGAUUUAAGAUUAUUCACUUUAAAAUAACCAAUACUAAUGUGUUGUUUUAGGAUAUAUAAGAUCUAAGACACAUACAUAUAUUUGUUUUGACUGCUCAAUGCUCUUACUGGUAAUUUUAUGAAUUUAUGAAGGGAGGACUUUUGCUAUAUAUUAUAGAUUCUUAUACCUCUGAGACAGGAGCUUAUUGUUACAUUGCAAAUAUUUCCAUUGUUAAAUGUCAGAAGGAGAUCUUCAGUGGUUUUAUCAUUGUCUUUUUUGUAGUUUUAAUGCUAAAAUGUAUCAUAAAUAACACUUUAAUACUAUUAUCUUGUGGAAGCUGCCAUCAGUGUGUGAAUGGGACUGCGACUGUAAAGCGCUUUUGGCAAACAAGGAAGGAUUAUGCAAAAGUAUACACCAUUUACUGCUCACCAUCUUUAUUUAUUUUUUUACAUAAGGUAGCUUCUGAACCUGUUUUUAAAUCUAUUAAACGUAUCACAUAGAUUGUUUAUACUUUUCUGAUUUCAAACCUGCUUCGAUUACAUUUUUUUAUGUCAUUGCUUACUUUAUGCCUAUAGGUCAUAUUUUUCCUGAAUCACUUUUGAACAGCCAGUGUUUGAUUCAGAUGUAGCUGUGCGUUGGAAAAAAAAUUGAAAA